AUGGCAACUUUUAUUUAUCAAUUGACUUAUUGGGGCUGGGUAAAAUUGGAAAAGGAUGAAUUGAAAGCGGAGAAACGAAAAGAGAUAAAGGAUCUUGAGGCAGAAUUAGAGAAUGUUAGUAGGGGAGCUAUUAAGGGCGAAGAUGUCAAGGUCAAAGGGAUUUAA